AUGAAGGCAGCAGCCUUGGCAUCCACAGCGAUGCAGCAGCAGAGAUCUGCGACCAGAAACCAAACCACAACGACAGAAGCCACAGGGCAACGCCACGCGAGGGUCAGCGCCCCCUCGAAGGACUACACAAUGUUCCACCGAUGCCGGAGACGCUUCUCCACGCUACACCUCCCCCUCCUGCUGCUCCUCCUGCUCCUGGUGGGAGCCGCACAGGCGGCAUCCAGCGACAAGGAGCGGGAACGCAAGCUGGAGGUCUUUGAGGGCGUGCCGGUGGACCAUCAGAUCGGCUACAUCGGGGACUUCGACGGCAUCGACAGCGGCCCGCCGUACAUCAUUGUGGCGGAGGCGGGCGUGGAGACGGACCUGGCCAUAGACCGGACCACGGGGGAGAUCCGCACGAAGGUGAGGCUGGACAGGGAGACGCGUGCCUCCUACAGCCUGGUGGCCAUUCCCCUGAGCGGACUCAACGUCCGCGUGGUGGUCACCGUCAAGGACGAGAACGACAACGCCCCGACCUUUCCGCAGCCCGCGAUGCACAUCGAGUUCCCGGAGAACACGCCGCGGGAGGUGAAGCGGACCCUGCUGCCCGCGAGGGACCUCGACCUGGAGCCCUACAACACGCAGCGGUACAACAUUGUGUCCGGCAACGUGAACGACGCCUUCCGGCUCUCCUCGCACAGGGAGCGGGACGGGGUGCUCUACCUGGACCUGCAGAUCAGCGGCUUCCUCGACCGGGAGACCACGCCGGGCUACAGCCUCCUCAUCGAGGCCCUGGACGGAGGCACGCCGCCCCUGCGGGGCCUCAUGACCGUGAACAUCACCAUCCAGGACGUGAACGACAACCAGCCGAUCUUCAAUCAGAGCCGAUACUUCGCCACCGUCCCGGAGAACGCCACGGUGGGCACGAGUGUCCUGCAGGUGUACGCCUCCGACACGGACGCCGAGGAGAACGGCCUCGUGGAGUACGCCAUCAACCGGCGGCAGAGCGACAAGGAGCAGAUGUUCCGCAUCGACCCCCAGACGGGGGCGAUCUUCAUCAACAAGGCCCUGGACUUUGAGACCAAGGAGCUGCACGAGCUCGUCGUGGUGGCCAAGGACCACGGCGAACAGCCGCUGGAGACGACGGCCUUCGUGUCCAUCCGAGUGACGGACGUGAACGACAACCAGCCGACGAUCAACGUGAUCUUCCUCAGCGACGACGCCUCGCCCAAGAUCUCGGAGUCGGCCCAGCCCGGGGAGUUUGUGGCCCGCAUCUCGGUGCACGACCCGGACUCGAAGACGGAGUACGCGAACGUGAACGUCUCGCUGAACGGCGGCGAGGGGCACUUCGCCCUGACGACGCGCGACAGCAGCAUCUACCUGGUGAUCGUGAACCUGCCGCUGGACCGCGAGUCGACCUCCAACUACACCCUCAGUGUGGUGGCCACCGACAAGGGCACGCCGCCGCUGCACGCCUCCAAGUCGAUCUUCCUGCGCAUCACGGACGUCAACGACAACCCGCCGGAGUUCGAGCAGGAGCUCUACCACGCCAAUGUCAUGGAGGUGGCCGAUCCGGGCACCUCGGUGCUCCAGGUCCUCGCCCACGACCGCGACGAGGGCCUCAACUCCGUGCUGAGCUACGCCCUGGCCGAGACCCCCGAGACGCACGCCCAGUGGUUCCAGAUCGACCCGCAGACGGGCCUGAUCACCACCCGAUCGCACAUCGACUGCGAGACGGAGCCGGUGCCCCAGCUGACGGUGAUCGCCAGGGACGGGGGCCAGCCGCCGCUCUCCUCGACGGCCACCGUCCUCGUGACCAUCCACGAUGUCAACGACAACGAGCCGAUCUUCGAUCAGAGCUUCUACAACGUCUCCGUGGCCGAGAACGAGCCCGUCGGCAGGUGCAUACUGAAGGUCUCUGCCAGCGAUCCGGACUGCGGCGUGAAUGCCAUGGUAAACUACACUCUGGGCGAGGGCUUCAAGCACUUGACGGAGUUCGAGGUGCGCUCCGCCUCCGGGGAGAUCUGCAUUGCCGGAGAGCUGGACUUUGAGCGGCGCAGCAGCUACGAGUUCCCGGUGCUGGCCACGGAUCGCGGGGGCCUGAGCACCACCGCGAUGAUCAAGAUGCAGCUGACGGACGUCAACGACAAUCGGCCCGUGUUCUACCCGCGGGAGUACAACGUCUCGCUGAAGGAGUCGCCCCCGGCGCAGACGCCGGCCGCCAGCAUUCCCGUGGUGGCGGUGGUGGCCACCGAUCCCGAUUCGGGGAGCUUCGGCCAGGUCUCGUACCGCAUCGUGGCCGGCAACGAGGCGGGCAUCUUCCGCAUCGAUCGCUCGUCGGGGGAGAUCUUCGUGACGCGCCCGGACUCGCUCUCCGUCCGCACCCAGCCGACGCACAUGCUCAACAUCUCGGCCACCGACGGCGGCGGCCUGCGCACCGGCCACGACGCCGUCGUCUUCCUCAGCAUCAUCGAUGCCCUGCAGCGGCCCCCGAUCUUCGAGAAGGCCCGCUACAACUACUACGUCAAGGAGGACAUUCCGCAGGGCACGGUCGUCGGCUCUGUGAUAGCCACAAGCGGGGAUACCGCCCAUCGGAGCCCCGUGCGGUACUCGAUCUACUCCGGCGACCCCGACGGAUACUUCGGCAUCGAGGGAGGGUCCGGCAACAUACGGAUCGCCCGGCCGCUGGACCACGAGGCCAAGGGCCAGGUGCUGCUGAACAUCCAGGCCACCGCGGGGGAGCCGCCCGUCUACGGGCACACGCAGGUGAACAUCGAGGUGGAGGACGUGAACGACAAUGCGCCGGAGUUCGAGGCGAGCCUGGUGCGGAUCUCCGUCCCGGAGAACGCCGACCUGGGCGCCCCCCUGUACGCGGCCCACGCCCACGACAAGGACUCCGGCAGCAGUGGCCAGGUGACCUACAGCCUGGCCCGCGAGCGGCAGCUCUUCGCCAUCGACCCGCGCUCGGGGCACCUGGUGCUCUCGCAGCACCUCGACUACGAGACCUCGCAGCGCCACACGCUGGUGGUGACGGCCACCGACGGGGGCGUGCCGCCGCUGGCCACCAACCUGACCAUCCUGGUGGACGUGCAGGACGUCAACGACAAUCCGCCGGUGUUCGAGCGCGACGAGUACGCCGUGAACGUCUCCGAGUCGCGGCCCGUGAACUCGCAGAUCGUUCAGGUGAAUGCCACAGACCUGGACACUGGCAACAAUGCUCGGAUUACCUAUCGCAUUGUGGACGCCGGUGCGGACAAUGCCACGGCCCCAGCCGCUGCCGGUGGCUCCUCCGAUGUGGCCCUGCACUUUGGGAUAUUCCCGAACUCGGGCUGGAUCUACCUGAGGGCCCCGUUGGAUCGGGAGACGCGGGAUCGCUACCAGCUCGUGAUCCUCGCCACGGACAACGGUACACCGGCGGCUCAUGCCCGUACGCGGGUGCUGGUGCGGGUCCUCGACGCCAACGACAACGAUCCGCGCUUCCUGAGGCCCCAGUACGAGUUCCGGAUCGAGGAGAACCUGCGACGCGGCUCCGUGGUGGGUGCGGUGGCGGCCAGGGAUCUGGAUCUCGGCGAGAACGCCGCCAUACGCUACAGCCUGCUGCCGGCCAACAGCAGCUUCCAGGUGCAUCCCGUCACAGGCGAGAUCUCGACGCGGGAGCCCCUGGACCGGGAGCUGCGGGCGCUGUACGAUCUGGUGGUGGAGGCCCGCGACCAGGGCACACCCGUGCGCAGUGCCCGCGUGCCGGUGCGCGUCCACGUGAGCGACGUCAACGACAACGCGCCGGAGAUCGCCGAUCCCCAGGAGGACGUGGUGAGCGUGCGCGAGGAGCAGCCCCCCGGGACGGAGGUGGUGCGCAUCCGGGCCACCGACCGCGACCACGGCCAGAACGCCUCCAUCACCUACUCGAUCGUCAAGGGCCGCGACUCGGACGGCCACGGCCUGUUCAGCAUUGAUCCCGCCACCGGCGUGAUCCGCACUCGCGUGCUCCUCGACCACGAGGAGCGCAGCAUCUACCGCCUGGGCGUGGCGGCCACCGACGGCGGCCAGCCGCCCAAAGAGACCCUCCGAAUGCUGCGCGUCGAGGUGCUGGAUCUCAACGACAAUCGCCCGACGUUCACCAGCUCCAGCCUCGUCUUCAGGGUACGGGAGGACGCCCAUGUGGGGCAUGUGGUGGGCUCCAUCACGCCCAGCGAGCGGCUGCUGCUGCUGGACACCAACAACAGUCUGGAGGACACGGACACGGACUCGGAGGACGAUCUGCGGGUCACGUACACCCUGAAUCCGCUGAGCAAGGACCUCAUCGAGGGCGCCUUCGACAUCGACCGGCACACGGGGAGCCUCGUGGUGGCCCGCCUCCUGGACCGCGAAGUGCAGUCCGAGUUCCGGCUGGAGAUACGCGCCCUGGACACGACGGCCAGCAACAAUCCGCAGAGCAGCGCCGUCACCGUCAAGAUCGAGGUGGCGGACGUCAACGACAACGCCCCCCACUGGCCCCGGGACCCCGUCGAGCUGCGGCUGAGCGAGGCCACGGCCGUGGGCGCCGUCGUGCACAACUUCACGGCCACCGACGCGGACACGGGCACCAACGGGGAGCUGCAGUACCGCCUGCUGCGGUACUUCCCGCUGCUGAACGAGACCCAGGAGCAGGCGACGCCCGUCUUCGCGGUGGACUCCCUCACGGGGUCCCUCAGCCUGCAGGCGCCGCUGGACUUCGAGGCCGUCCAGGAGUACACGCUCAUCGUCCAGGCCCUCGACCAGUCCUCCAACGCCAGCGAGCGCCUCCAGACCUCCGUCACAGUGCGGCUGCGCGUCCUCGACGCCAACGACAAUGCCCCGGAGUUCGUGUCGCCCCUCGCGAAGGGCGGCUCCGCCUCCGUCUUCCUCAGCGACGCCACGCGCAUCGGCGAGACGGUGGCCCACGUUGUGGCCCUGGACCGCGAUGCCGGCGACAACGGGCGCCUCGCCUACGACAUCGAGGGGGGCAACGGCGAGGGACGCUUCCGCAUCAGCGCAGCCACGGGCGUGAUAGAGCUGGUCAAGUCCCUGCCGCCGGCCUCCGAGGACGCGGACAAGAACGGACGCUUCACCCUCCUGAUCAGCGCCGUCGAUCACGGGCUGCCGGAGCCCAGGAAGAGCACUCUCAGCCUCCAGCUGCUCGUCCAGGGGAGCCACAACAACCCGCCCCGCUUCCUGCAGGCCGUCUACCGCGCCACCAUCCUGGAGAACGUCCCCAGCGGCAGCUUUGUGCUGCAGGUCACGGCAAAGUCCUUCCACGGCGGCGACAAUGCAAAUCUGAGCUACGAGAUUCCCUCUGGCAUCGCCGGAGACCUCUUCCACGUGGACUGGCAGAGGGGGAUCGUGACCACGCGCGGGGCCUUCGAUCGGGAGACCCAAGGCAGCUACAUCCUGCCCGUCUACGUGCGGGACGCCAACCGCCUGGCCACCGCCUCCUCCUCGGCCGCCGCUGUGCGGAAGCAGAGGUCCUCGGAGAACGCCGCCGCGGACAGCAACAACGGACAGCACUUCGACGUGGCCACCGUCAUCAUAACCAUCGGAGACGUCAACGACAACGCCCCCGAGUUCCGUCCGGGCUCGUGCUACGGUCUCUCGGUGCCCGAGAACAGCGAGGCGGGCGUCAUCCACACGGUGGUGGCCAGCGACAUGGACGAGGGCCCCAAUGCGGACAUCAUCUACAGCAUCACAGGCGGCAAUCUGGGCAACAAGUUCAGCAUCGACGCCCGCUCGGGGGAGCUGAGCUGCCGCCCGCUCGACCGGGAGCAGCACGCCCGCUACACGCUCCAGGUGCAGGCCUCGGACCGCGGCCAGCCCACCAGUCGCCAGGGGCACUGCAACAUCACCGUCCUCGUGGAGGACCAGAACGACAACGCGCCGCGCUUCGACCUGCCCAAGUACGUGGCCAGCGUGGCGGAGGACGCCCCCCUCGGGGCGAGCGUGGUGCGGAUCAAGGCCACCGACGCGGACCUGGGCGUCAAUGCGCGACUCGUCUACUCGCUGGCCAAUGAGACGCAAUGGCAGUUUGCCAUCGACAGCAAGAGCGGCCUCAUCACGACCGUCGGAAAACUCGAUCGCGAGCUUCAGUCGAGCUACAGCUUCAUGGUUCUGGCCACCGAUGGGGGACGCUACGAGGUCCGGUCCGCCCGAGUGGCCGUGCAGAUCAAUGUCCUGGAUGUGAACGACAACCGGCCCGUGUUCGAGAGGUAUCCGUACAUCGGCCAGGUGCCGGCCCUCAUCCAGCCCGGGCAGACGCUGCUCAAGGUGCAGGCGCACGACGCGGAUCAGGGGCUCAACGGGGAGCUGCUCUACUCCCUGAAGGGAGACGCCGGCAAGUUCCGCAUCAACCCCAACACGGGGGCGUUGAGUGCCACCCAGAGUCUGGCCAGCGAGUCGGGACGACUCCUCCAGCUGGAGGUGGUCGCCAGGGACAAGGGAAAUCCCCCACAGAGCAGCGUCGGACUCAUCGAGCUGCUGGUGGGCGAGGCGCCGCAGGGAGCCCCCGUGCUCCGCUUCCAGAACGAGACCUACAGAGUGAAGCUCCGCGAGAACUCGCCCGCGGGCCUGAGACUCCUCCAGGUGGUGGCCGUCCGCAGCGACGGACGCCGCCAGAAGGUGCAGUUCUCCUUUGGGGCAGGCAACGACGAGGGCAUCUUCUCGCUGGACCCAUCCUCUGGGGAGAUCCGUGUGGCCAAUCCCUCGCUCCUCGACUACGACCGGUUUGCCACGCCCACGCUGGCGGCCCUGAGUCGCGGUCGGGCAAUGCACUACGAGGAGGUGACAGAGGAUCCCUCCGUGGCCGAAGAGGAUCGGAACGGCACGCGCAGCCAGCGCGCCUUGUCCUCCACGUCCUUUGCCCUCGCCAGCACGCAGCCGAAUGAACUGCGCCUCGUGCUGGUGGCCCGCAGCUCGGACGGCCCCAUCCUCUCCAGCUACGCGGAGCUCGUCGUCGAGCUGCAGGACGAGAACGACAACAGUCCGCAGUUCUCGCAGCGGCAGUUCGUGGCCACCGUCUCCGAGGGCAACAGCAAGGGCACCUUCGUCGCCCAGGUCCAGGCCUUCGACUCGGACGCCGGCGCCAACGCCCGUCUGCGGUACCACAUCGUCGACGGAAACCACGACAACGCCUUCGUCAUCGAACCCGCCUUCAGCGGCAUCGUCAAGACGAACAUCGUCCUCGAUCGGGAGAUCCGCGACGUCUACAACCUGAAGAUCAUCGCCACGGACGAGGGAGUGCCCCAAAUGACGGGCACGUCCACCGUUCGGGUGCAGAUCGUCGAUGUCAACGACAACCAGCCAACAUUCCCGCCCAACAAUCUCGUGAGCGUCAGCGAAGCAACCGAACUCGGAGCCGUGAUAGCUUCCAUAUCGGCCAACGAUGUGGACACUUAUCCCACGCUGACGUACCGCCUGGUCAGUGAAUCCUCUGUGGACGACGAGAGCCUCACCCUGUUCGCCUUGGACCGCUACAGCGGGAAGCUGGUGCUGAAGCGGCGCCUGGACUACGAACUGCAGCAGGAGUACCAGCUGGAGGUGAUUGCCUCCGAUGCGGCCCACGAGGCAAGGACUACUCUGACUGUGCGCGUGAACGAUGAGAACGACAAUGCCCCGGUAUUCCUGGCCCAGCAGCCGCCCGCCUACUUUGCCAUCCUUCCCGCUGUGGCCGAGGUGGCCGACAGUCUCUCGAUGGACUUGGAGCUCCUCUCAGUGAAUGCCACGGAUGCGGAUGCCGAGGGAAGCAACUCAAAGAUCCGGUACUCCAUAGACCCUCCAGUCGAAGGCUUCUCCGUGGGUGCGUCCAGUGGUGUGGUUUCAGUCAACAUGAGUCGUCUACAGAUCCCCGAAUCCGCGAGUGGGGACUACUUUGUGAGGAUUCUGGCCAGAGAUGGGGGAAAGCACUCGCUCUUCGGGGCCACGCUUCUCAGAGUGCAGGCCAGCGACAGCGGAUCCGCCCGGUCACAGUUCCAGCAGACGCAGUAUCGCGCCCAGAUCAGCGAGGCGGCUCCUCUGGGAUCGGUGGUGCUGCAGCUCUCGCAAGAUGUGCAGGAUCAACCGUUCGUCAUUGCAGCCGGCAACGAGGAGGCCGCCUUUGAGCUGCUCCAAUCCAAGGCCAUUGUCCUGGUGAAGCCCCUCGAUCGGGAGAGGAACGAUCUGUACAAGCUGCGUCUUCUGAUCAACAGAGGGGGAUCUGGAUCGGCAUCCUCCCCCUCCAAUUCGAGUGCAGGCAUCACUGUAGUCAUCACCGUCCUGGAUGCCAAUGACAACUUCCCGAUCUUCGAUCGCAGCGCCAAGUACGAGGCGGAGAUCAGCGAGCUGGCUCCCUUGAGGUACUCCAUUGCCCAGCUGGUCGCCUUGGAUGCGGACCAGGAGAACUCUCCGAACUCGGAGGUGGUCUACGACAUCACCUCUGGCAACGAUGAGCACAUGUUCACCAUCGACCUCGUCUCGGGCGUGCUGUUCGUCAACAAUCGCCUGGACUACGACAGUGGGGCCACCAGCUACGAGCUGAUCAUUCGCGCAUGCGACAGCCACCAUCCGCGCCCGCUCUGCAGCCUGCAGCCCUUCCACCUGGAGCUGCACGACGAGAACGACAAUGAGCCAAAGUUCCCGCUCUCCGAGUACGUGCACUUCAUCGCGGAGAACGAGCCGGUGGGCAGCAGCGUGUUUCAGGCGCAUGCCAGCGACCUGGACAGAGGUCCCUUCGGGGCCCUCAACUACAGCCUUGCCCCCGCAUCCGGGGACGACAGCUCCUGGAAGCUCUUCCGCGUGGACUCCCACUCGGGGAUGGUGUCUUCGGCGGCUGUCUUCGACUUCGAGCAGCGGCAGCGCUACGACAUGGAGCUGCGGGCCAGCGACAUGGGUGGCAAGGGGGCACGCGUGGCCGUGCGCGUGGAGGUGGACUCGCGGGAUGAGUUUGCUCCCCAGUUCUCUGAGAGAACCUACCGCUUCGUACUGCCGGCAGCUGCCGCUCUGCCGCAAGGCUUCGUCGUGGGGCAGGUCACAGCCACGGACGCAGACAGUGGACCCGAUGGACGCGUGGUCUACCAAUUGAGUGCCCCCCACACCCACUUCAAGGUCAAUCGCAGCAGCGGAGCGGUGCUGAUCAAACGGAAACUGAAGCUCGACGACGACAGCCUGGGGUCCCACGAUGGGCGGGACAUCAGCCUCGUGAUCUCCGCAUCCUCGGGCCGGCAGAACUCCCUCACAGCGAUGGCCGUCGUGGAGAUCGCCCUGGAUCCUCUGGCACAUCCCGGAACGAACCUCGCCAGCGCUGGCAUCAACGGCGGCGGUGGAACCAUGGGCGACUGGGCCAUCGGUCUGCUGAUCGCCUUCCUGCUGGUCCUCUGUGCCGCCGCUGGCAUCUUCCUCUUCAUCCACAUGCGGAGCCGCAAGCCGCGGAAUGUGGUCAAGCCACAUCUCAGCACGGAGACGGUGGGCGUGGGCAAUUCCAACAGCUACGUGGAUCCCAGUGCCUUCGACACGAUCCCCAUUCGGGGUGGCAUCUCGGGUGGAGCGGCAGGAGGCGCCUCCGGGCAGUUUGCGCCGCCGAAGUACGACGAGAUCCCGCCCUUUGGUCCCCAUGCUGGUAGCUCCGGGGCAGCCACCACUUCAGAGCUGUCCGGCUCCGAGCAGUCCGGCUCCAGUGGCCGGGGAUCGGCCGAGGAUGAUGGCGAGGACGAGGAGAUCCGCAUGAUCAACGAGGGACCGCUGCACCAUCGCGGCGGAGGCGGUGCAGGGGGCAGCGACGAUGGCCGCAUCUCGGACAUCUCCGUGCAGAACACACAGGAGUAUCUGGCGCGUCUCGGCAUCGUGGAUCACGAUCCCAGCGGCAGUGGGGGAGGGGGAGGCGCCUCCAGCAUGGCCGGCAGCAGCCACCCCAUCCCGAUGCCCAUGACCAUGCCCAUGACGAUGCCAAUGGUGGACUCGCUGCACAUGUUCCACGACGAGGAUGCCGCCACCGCCCGCUCCGACAUCACGAAUCUCAUCUACGCGAAGCUCAACGACGUCGCCGGCGGCAAUGGCGGUGGCUCCGAGCGAGGCAGCAGUGCGGACGAUGCCGCAACGACAGCGGGCAGCAUUGGGACCAUCGGAACGGCCAUCACGGGCCACGGCCAUGGGGCGGCGAUGAUGGGCAGCUACGGAGAGGUGCCCGUGCCCGUGCCCGUCGUGGUGGGGGGCAGCAAUGUGGGCGGAUCUCUCAGCUCCAUUGUCCACAGCGAGGAGGAGCUGACGGGGAGCUACAACUGGGACUAUCUGCUCGACUGGGGGCCGCAGUACCAGCCCCUGGCACACGUCUUCUCGGAGAUAGCGCGCCUCAAGGACGACACCAUGUCGGAGCACAGCGGCCACAGCGGCAGUGGCGCCUCCUCGUCGGCCAAGAGCAAGCACUCCUCCUCCCACUCGUCCGCGGGGGCGGGCAGCGUGGUGCUGAAACCUCCGCCACCGCCCACCCACAUUCCUCCGCCGCUGCUCACUAAUGUCGCGCCGCGGGCCAUCAACCUGCCGAUGCGCCUGCCCCCGCACUUGAGCAUGGCCGGGGGCCUGCCCCGCUCCCCCAUCGGCCACGAGGCCAGUGGCAGCUUCAGCACCUCCUCCGCCAUGUCGCCCUCGUUCUCGCCUUCGCUCUCACCGCUGGCCACCCGCUCGCCCUCCAUCUCACCGCUGGGCGGCGGUCCGCCCACCCACCUGCCACAUGUGUCGCUGCCGCGCCACGGCCAUGCCCCCCCGCCACAGCCCACGCAGCGGGGUAAUGUGGGUACAAGGAUGUGAUAGGACAGGAGAGGAUUCCUGAGGAGCGCUGUACAUGCAUCAUAGUAUUACUUGCACCCCAUACAUACAUACACCCUUGCCACACACACGAAAACACUCACACAUACACGCACACACACACAUUAAUGCUGUAUAUAUACUAUAUGAUAGAUAGGUAUGAUAUCCCCUAUGGCACAUAGAUGUAAUUACACUCGGAAAACAGUUGUGCUGACUUUCAAGAAAGUCUCCCAAAGAGUGGGAUUUUAUGGUAUUUUUGGUAGGAUCUUAAAGAAGCAACUAUUUCGAAAAAAUACUACCGAAUUACAACGAAUAAAAUACUGACAUAUUGAACGACUGAAUUGUAUAAGAAAAAGCCCAAAAUAGAAGAGAUAAGUCCGAAUUAUUUAGACCGUAGAAAUACGUUCGGUAUAUUACA